UUCGUCUUGGUCUCAUUUUCCCCACGUAUUUCCCCUUUUUUCACUCUCAGGAAAAGGAUCCAGGGGGAGAAAGGGUACUUGGCGUUUUGACUCGAAAUCUCUCUCCUUCUGUUGCAUUCUCUAACCAAUUACUGAUAUCUUCAUUAUCUAUCUUCUUUUUUUUCCUGUCUCUGAAAUUGUUAAAUGAGGAAACUUUGUCCAAAUAUUGACAGAGAAGAUGGCCUUGAGACGGUUCUCGAGGUCCCAGUACCGGAAGAAAUGUUCACCAGCAUGGGCAGCAAUCUUCAAGUGCGCUUGGCAAACAUGUUAACAUGGAUGAAGGCUCAAACUUCUGAUAAGUGGUCGCAACCAGUCAUUGCAGGUCGGAUUAACGAGCUACGCUUCCUUCUUUACCUUGUAGGAUCUCCUCUUAUCCCUCUCCAGGUGCAAUUGGGCCACUCUGUUCACAAACCUGUCAAAGAUUGCUCAAUUCAAGCUUCAACAGCAAAAUACAUUGUGCAGCAAUACAUGGCUGCUACAGGAGGACAACAGGCAUUAAACGCAGUGCAUAGCAUGUGUGUAACCGGGCAGGUGAAAAUUACUGCAUCAGAGUUUCACCAAGGUGAUGCUAGCGUUAACGUGAAGAGCAGUGAGGAAAUGGGUGGAUUUGUACUCUGGCAAAAGGAUCCGGAUUUAUGGUGCUUGGAGCUUGUGGUAUCAGGAUGCAAGGUGGUUUCUGGAAGCAAUGGCAAACUUUCCUGGAGGCAUUCCUCUAAUCAACAAACUCCCAUUUCAAAAGGUCCUCCCAGGCCCUUGCGCCGUUUCCUUCAGGGAUUGGAUCCAAGGUCUACGGCCAAUUUGUUUAUAGACGCAACAUGCAUAGGAGAGAAAAUCAUAAGCGGCGAAGACUGCUUCAUCCUCAAGCUCGAGACGAGUCCAGCAAUCCGCGAGGCGCAAAGCGGACCAAAUUAUGAGAUCAUCCACCACACGAUCUGGGGCUACUUCAGCCAGAGGUCUGGUCUCUUGAUUCAGUUUGAGGAUUCCAGGUUGUUGAUGAUGAAAACCAAGGAUGACAACGAUGUCUUUUGGGAGACUAGGACAGAGUCGGUAAUGGAUGACUAUCAGUAUAUUGAUGGUGUUAACAUUGCACACGGUGGUAAAACAAGCGUCACGGUAUUCAGAUACGGAGAGCAAUCUGCCAACCACAAGAGGCAGAUCGAAGAGAAAUGGAAAAUUGAAGACGUAGAUUUCAAUGUAUGGGGUUUGUCGAUGGAUCAUUUUCUGCCUCCAUCUGGUCUGCAAAAAGAUUAAGAUUUAGCUUAGACCAGAAGAAGAGAAAAUGUGCAACUUUUUUUUUCUUUUUAAAUUUUUAAGACGAGGGUAAGGAAAAAGAAUGUGUACAUACUAGAGAAUUUGAAAACAAUAUUUUGAAUAUAAAGAAAAUUUUGAAGG